AAUAGUGGAUAACGAUGUCCGAUACCCGAAGUGGUUCAAAUUUAGUUCCAGAAGGAGAGAGAGAUCGCAGGAGAGCGAGAGAUUGUGAUUGUUUGUAUUCUGUGUGCGCGUUUGCGUGCGUGUGAAAAGAGAGAGAGAGAGGGAGAAAAUGUCGAGUUCUUCGUCUGGGGAAGUGGUGUUUGUGGAGCACACUAAGGGUGUGAAUGGCCUCCCAAAGGUCAUUCUCCGCGAGGUUCGUGGCUGUUCUGCUGAGGUAUAUUUGUAUGGGGCUCAAGUUACCUCUUGGAAGAAUGAGCAUGGGGAAGAAUUGCUUUUUCUUAGUAGUAAGGCUAUUUUUAAGCCUCCAAAGGCUAUACGUGGAGGUAUUCCAAUUUGUUUUCCUCAAUUUGGAAUUCAGGGUUCUCUUGAACAACAUGGGUUUGCUAGGAAUAGGCAUUGGAUGGUAGAUCCUGAUCCUCCGCCUUUUCUGACAUGUAGCCCCAACAAGGCUUUCAUUGAUUUGAUCCUUAAGCACUCUGAAGAAGAUGCAAAGAUCUGGCCACACAGAUACGAGUUUCGCCUAAGGGUAACUUUGGGACCUGGAGGAGAUUUGAUGAUGACUUCUCGUAUUCGCAAUACAAAUACCGAUGGAAAGCCGUUUAUGUUCACAUUUUCCUACCACACAUAUUUUGCCGUUACCGAUAUCAGUGAAGUGCGUGUCGAAGGACUAGAGACCCUGGAUUAUUUGGAUUACCUGAAGAAUAAAGAGAGAUUUACAGAACAAGGGGAUGCAAUAACGUUCGAAGCAGAAGUGGACAAAGCAUAUCUCAGUACACCCACAAAAAUUGCCAUAAUUGACCAUGAAAGGAAGAGAACAUAUGAAUUGCGGAAAGAUGGACUUCCAGAUGCUGUGGUUUGGAAUCCAUGGGAUAAGAAGGCAAAGGCAAUUCCUGACUUUGGGGAUAAUGAAUACAAGCACAUGCUAUGUGUUGAGGCUGCUUGUGUGGAGAAACCCAUUACAUUGAAACCUGGUGAAGAAUGGAGAGGAAGGCAGGAACUAUCUGCUGUUCCUUCCAGUUACUGUAGCGGACAACUUGACCCACAAAAGGCUCUUUAAAGAUCAACCCCAUCCAAGUGCAUAUAUUGUACAGGCUCUUUUGCAGUUUAGAUUUGGUGCUCCCAGUGAGUUUUUGCCAGCAUUGUUUUGUUUUUUGGUUGGAGUACAGAUUCAUUAUUAGCAGAAGUGUCUAUAAUGUCCUUGAAGCUCUUUAUUGUUGAGGAAGAAGGAAGAGAAGGCAGUGUUCAGAAAAGGAAUUUGUAUUUUUUACUAGGAUUUCUGUCCCAAGCAAAUCAAAGGAGAAGAAAGAAAUGAAUCUCGUUUUUGUUUUGUUCCCCUCAAAACUUUCCUUUUUCCUUCAGAGAACAUUAGAUUCUUUAUAUGCAACUCUUGUUUCGUUUGUUUA